GGCCGUAGUACAUGUGCUUGCUAUUUUUGACACGUAUUUUUUUAAUAUAUAAAUAUAUAAAGUGUGGAGCAGAAUGAGUGAAAGAGGUGGAUAUCGAUGUUGUAUAAAAGGUUGUCAAAGUGCAACAAGUGAAAAACGGGGAAUCAAAGAAACUUUGUUUAGAUUCCCGAAAGAUGUAGAAAAGUCAAAAUUGUGGGCAUCAAUGUGUGGUAGAGAGGAUUUAUUUUCAAAGACACCCAUACAACUUUAUAAUAAUUAUAGAGUAUGCAAACUCCAUUUUGCAAAUGAUAUGUUUUUAAAUUAUGAAAAAACAAAAUUGCAACCACAUGCUGUUCCAAGUAAUAUUAUGAGAAAUAAUGAUGAAGAAGCAAGUUCAAGUAACUCAAAUGUAGAAACGCUUUACAUAAUCGCUUCAAAUAAUGAAAAUACACAAAAAGAAAGUACUGUAUUGGAUAUAUCUACAUUCAAUGGAAGGAACCUGGAUGUAAUACAUACAAACAAAACAAUAGCAAAAGUAUCAGAUGCAGCAACACAAACACCUUUGUCACUAUCUUCUUUUUCUCCGCGAAAAACAAAACUUUGUCAACAGAUAAGAGGAUAUAAGAGAAAAAUAGCCAAUUUGGAAUUACAAUUACAGCAAGCAAAGGAAGCGAAGAAAGAAGAUAUUAAUACAUUAGAUAUGUUACUAGAUAAAUAUUUUCCAAAACAGAAAUCUGAAUACUUAAAAGCACAAGCACGCCUCUUUCAAAAGGAUGCAAAAGGUAUACAUCAAUAAACUCAAAUUAAGAAAGAAAAACAAGAAUUCAGUAUCUAGAUUAGGAAUGAUGGAUCAAGGAUGGAUACACAUUUGUAAAUGUUAUGAUUAUCAGAUUAUGUUUUUCCAACGUCUUUUAUAACCCACACAUUUUACAUUUCAGAUACACAGCAAAUACAUAAAAUGUAAAAUGUUGCAAUGUAAUAGAUACGUAACAAUAA